GCCGAUACUCAACGAACGUCCACAAUGCGCGCGUUCCUAGUAAUCUGUCUGUUGUUUAUUCACUCCGCCUGGAUCCACGAUACUGUGGCCGAGGAGUUAAUAGGAUGGCAUCAGAAAGUUGGCAUGAUAAAUGCUGAACUUAUAAAGUUGUCUGAAGAAGCGACGCUAAACAGUCGCAUCGUGGGAGGAGCCGUGGCUCCAGUGUACGCUCACCCCUACCUCGCUGGUCUACUCAUCGACAUCAUAGGCUUCUCGUCACCCUCAGCGUGUGGAGGAUCGCUUCUUUCUGCAAAUAGAAUCCUUACAGCGGCUCACUGCUGGUUUGACGGAUUUAAUCAAGCUCAUCGAAUGACUGCUGUGCUGGGAUCCCCAUUCUUAUUCCAUGGAGGUUUAAGAGUAUUUCCAUCUGCCAUUGCACUUCACCCUGCUUAUGACUCCCGAACAUUCGCCAAUGACAUAGCAAUGUUAUAUUUACCCGUCCACAUUCCAUUUUCUGGCCAAAUUCAGCCGAUAGCAUUACCAUCAGGAUCGCUUCUGCAUAUGGACUAUACAAACGAAACGGUUAUCGCUGCCGGCUAUGGAAGAUACUCUGAUGUGACGAACCCUACGACUAACACGAUGGCUCGAUAUGUUGCGCUGGAAGUGAUAGAACUACAAAAAUGUCGCUCGUUCUACGGUGACUUGGUGCUAGAUUCGAACAUUUGUACAAACGGCUAUGGAGGAGUUGGUAUUUGCCAGGGAGACUCAGGGGGACCUUUGACAAUGAAUGUUAAUGGACAGCCAGUGUUGAUCGGCGUGAGUUCAUUUGUGGCACGUGACGGAUGUGAAUUACAGUUCCCUUCUGCCUUCGCACGAGUCAGCAGUUACAUCAACUGGAUACGUGUACAAAUAUAAAUCAACACAAGUAAUAAAUAUUAAUUCCAGGACCCGUUUUAAAAAAAUGUUUUCCCAUAGCAAUAUAAAAACAUUUUGUUUAAUUCAUCUUCCCAAAGAUGCACAAGUGUAAUAAAUAUACUUAACGUCCGCCAGCAUAUUGUUAGAGAUCUGAUCUAAACUAAUAAAACAUUAUAAAAUUGUUA